UAAGACCUCCCUGUCGAUAGGUGUCCUAACAUGUCUUUGUGCGUCCUUGCAAGGAACAGGGGAAGUAAAUCCGUCUCACAUGUAACCCUGGUGACCUCAGGUUUCAAUGCGUGCUCUUUGGUUGUAAGUCAUUGUGAAGCUCUAAAACAUCACUGAGGUUCUUUCACAAUUAUAAUAUAACAUUUAUAACUAUAACUAAUAAAUGGCCGCGAUCCAGGAGCUCUCUCCAGACUCUGGCCGUGGGGAGACGCGACCCCCCGAAGGCGAGAUCGAGGGUGAUGAUGAGGAUGAAGAGUUGGAUGAAACACUGUUGGAGAGGUUGUGGGGUCUCACGGAGAUGUUUCCAGAAUCACUGCAAUCAGCAGCUGAAGUAUCCGCACAGUGUUCGCUAUCUGUAGCCAAAAAACUUUACAGUUUCUCCCGCUCAGCUCUAUGGGUCGGUACUACUUCCUUUAUGAUUCUGGUUCUACCAGUUGUAUUUGAGACUGAGAGGUUACAGCUGGAACAGCAACAACUACAACAGCAGAGACAGGUAAGUAGCACCAAAGUCCUGCAUAAAUACGAACAACUUCCUUGCAAUUUCAUACCUAUUUAAAUAGAGGUGAGCUGUAUGACUAUAGUCUUCUAUAACAGUAUGGGUAAUGCUAUAUCAAAAGAUUAUCAAUACAAAUUAAAGAGUAUUAUGGAAUCACUGCAAAAACAGCAUCACAUUAUGUAACAAAUGUGUUUGAAACA